AUGCAGAUCGAAACGGCAAAGUUCUUGAAGCAUUUGUACUUAGUUUCGGAAUGGUUUGGGUUGGCGGUUAGGAAGCCGAAGAAGUGGUUAAAGUUAGCGAAUGCCGUGAUCAUUAUCUUCCUGGCUAUAGGAAUGGUCCUUCACAUACGCGAAAUAGAAUCCAAGAAGACUAUUUACUACGCUUUAGAGGUUGCAAUAUAUUUCUUGAAUGCCAUUUGCAACAUGGUAUUCGUGGCUUUGGUAAUGCUAUGUCCUAAUGUGUGUUCAAAGCUGAUGCGGAAUAUUUCCGAGAUCGACGCUUUCUAUCUAAGUAUCGAUGGUCUACACUGCAGGACCCACUAUUACGUAUAUUGGUUGGAGAUCAUCGUUAUAAAUGGACUGGCCUUGCCCUACUACAUUUAUUGUAUGCAACAGUAUAAUUUAGUUUUAGCUCUUAGCCACAUCUUACAUCUGUUCAUGAUGACUUUAUCUGUGCUGUUAAUAUACAAUGUAGCGUUGAUAUUGAGGCACCGUUUCACGGUAUUUAACUGUCGUCUCCGACGCUCAAUCUCCCCAGCCGAAAUUAGAAGGUUUACGCUCGUUUACGAUGAACUUUGUGACGUCAUCGACGAGCACAGCGAAAUCUUCGGAUUACGGAUCAUGGCAAUCUAUCUCGUCGUUUUGCUGACUAUAAUUAAGAGCAUCAAUUUCGGAAUCAAUUACUUUACAUUCAAAUAUAACAUGAGUUUCGAGAUGUUCUUCAGACGAAUAUUCCUCAAAGUCAUCAUCAUUUUUGUCUUCACAUUUAUGAUUACGAUUUCUUGUGGUCAAGCCUGCAGGGAGGCGAAACGCACGAAGGCCGUUUGUUACGAGCUCAUAAAAAAGGCAAGGGCGAAGAAUAAUGUUAGAUGGAGGAACGUAAUAGAUGAGCUGUUACUUCUCGCAAGGAUGGUGAACUAUAGGCAACCGAAUUUUUCCGCCUUCGAUUUUUUCCACAUAGAUUACCCGAUCCUAUUCUCUUUGGUCAAUUGCAUCACCACCUACACAAUUGUCGUCAUCGAAAUCAAGCGAAAUUUCAGCUACAUCCUAGAAUAA